AUGGAGAAAGGGCAUAACCCUAGUUCUCAUAAGCGUCUCAGACGGGAUACACCAAAUUCCUGGUCGGAGCUUCCUCUAGAUCUCUUGACUUCAGUGUUCGAACGCCUCACCGUUGCUAAUUUCCAACGAGCUAAAUCCGUGUGUUCGUCUUGGCACUCCGCUUCGAGACAAUACGUGCCCAAACAGUUCCCUUGGCUGGUUCUCUUCCCCAAAGACAACAACGACAACAACUCAUGCACGUUGUUCAAUCCCGAGGAGAAACACAAACUUUACAAAACGAAAGAUCUUGGUGAAACUUUUGCAAAGAGUGUUUGUAUGGCAACCUAUGGAAGCUGGCUCCUUAUGCGAGAUCCACGAUUCAAUCUCUAUAUUUUGAAUCUAUUCACUUACGAGAGGAUCAGUCUACCUCCUGUGGAGUCACAACUUGGAAUGACAAAGAUCGAGCGAACCGUAGAUGAUGGUUUUCACGUUUCAUCCGAUCACAACGUUACGGAGUUCAACGGUAGAUGUAUUCCUAUACGAACUCCUGUGUUUUGGAUCGACGAGAAAACAAAAGAUUACGUAGUUAUAUGGGGAUUUGGAACGUGGUGUGUGGUUUAUGCCAAGAAAGGAGAUACCUCGUGGAAUCAGAUCCCGGAACUUUCAGAUUGUCUUCACUUGGUUUACAAGGAUCACAAGCUUUACUUCUCUAGCUCUGGCAACAAAUGUGAGUUGAGAAUCUUUGAUUUCUCUAGAGAGGUUACGCAACAAACCUUUCAAGGUUGUGUCAUUAUGCGACUCUUAUUAAAACAACGUCGUCUUAAUCCCUACAGAACUGUCAAUACAAAACUUGUAGUCAAAGUAAAUGGAGAUGUCCUCAAGGUUGACAGAAUAUGGGACCGUAACACCAGAAUCUGCAGAUUCUUCGACCUCUGGAAGGUUCAUUCAUCAGGGUCGUCCUUCAAGAUGUAUGAAAAAGUUGUUACGUUGGGCGACGAGGCAUUGCUUUGGGAUCUAGGUAUCACUGUGCUCGCCAAUGACACUGGACUACUCAAAAGAAAUUGCAUCUAUUUCAGUGGUAGCCAUGGAAAGAUCAUUAACGAUAAAUUUAUCUACGACCUCGAGACAGAGAAGAUGGAUCCAGUACACAAAUUCGAUUGUUCUCCAGCUCAACUCUCUAGUGCUCGAUGGUUCUUACCAAGUUUCACACAAACUUGA